UUCGUGUAUUAUAUAAUUUGGUGUGAACUGCGCGGGGGCGGGAUUCCAUUCUGCACAUCGAACUUUGUAGACCUAUGGAACUGGAAGGGCUGAAGAUGUCGCGCAGCAAAUCUCAAAAGAUCACUGUGGAGCAAUUUAUCUCUUCCAUGAUCCCUUUGAUCGAUAUGGAGAAGGAGGCUGAAAUAUCCGCAUCUCUUGGUCUAUCUUCAACGAGGAGUUUGCAUGCUUCUCAAAAAAGAGGCUCCUCAAUUUUUAAUCUUAAAUGUACAGAUGCUCAGACAGGAUUAAUGGGGAAGACUCUUCUUGAAUUUCAGUCUAAUAAGGGUGAUGUUCUCCCUGCUCACAAGGAGUCGAUCGUGGAUAUUGAGGGUGAGGCUACAGAGAGAUUGAAGCACUUUAUCCUACCCUGGAGGAGCUGGCGUUUUUUGGUUCUCCAGUUUUCCACUCAUGAUGUGGUUGUUCUGAAACCAAACAAAGCUGAUCAAGGUUCUUCUUCACUUGGACAGGGUGUAGUUUACCGUUUAAAGGAUUCUUCCAUUACUGUUGCUUUCGAUGAAAUUCCUGAAGAUGGGUUGAACAGCCCCUUGCGUCUUGAGAAGGUUGCUAAUGAGGUAACCUACCGCAGGAUGAAGGAUGCCUUAAUUCAACUCAGUAAGCAUAAGGGGCCAGCUGUAGAAAUGAUUCCUGUUUUGUUUGGAGAGAAACUACCUACUACUACAAAGAAGAUUAUGCAAUUUUCUCCAUUUAACAAAACUCUUGAUCAUUCCCAGAGAGAUGCUAUCUCCAAAGCCCUCUCUUCUGGUAAUGUUUUUUUGCUUCACGGACCUCCUGGAACCGGUAAAACAACCACUAUUGUGGAGAUAAUACUGCAAGAAAUUAAACGUGGUUCCAAGAUCCUUGCAUGUGCUGCUUCUAAUAUUGCUGUUGACAACAUUGUUGAGCGACUUUUUCCAUACAGAGUUAGGUUGGUGAGGUUGGGGCAUCCUGCACGUUUGUUACCCCAAGUGCUGGAGAGCGCUCUCGAUGCACAGGUUCUAAGAGGGGAUAACAACAGCCUGGCAAAUGAUAUUCGCAAGGAAAUGAAGGUUUUGAAUGAGAAGAUGCUGAAGUCUAAAGAUAGGAAUACCAGAAGGGAUAUCAGGAAAGAGCUGAGGACACUUUCUAAAGAAGAGAGAAGAAGACAGCAAUUAGCAGUCAUCGAUGUGCUAAAAAAUGCAGACGUUAUUCUAACAACAUUAACUGGUGCUGCUUCUCACCAAUUGGAAAAAAUUACAUUUGAUUUAGUUAUAAUUGACGAAGCUGCUCAGGCACUUGAGGUGGCAUGCUGGGUUGCUCUGUUGAAGGGGUCAAGGUGUAUGCUUGCUGGAGACCAUCUCCAGCUUCCCCCUACAAUCCAAAGUGCUGAAGCUGAGAAGAUGGGCUUAGGAAGGACCCUAUUUGAACGGUUGGCAAACUUGUAUGGUGAGGAGGUUAUGUCUAUGCUUGCAGUUCAAUACAGAAUGCACGAACUUAUAAUGAACUGGUCAUCUGGCGAAUUCUAUGGUGGUAAGAUACAAGCCCAUUCAUCUGUUGCUGAGCAUAAGCUUUGGGAUCUUGAAAAUGUGAAGAGGUCAUCUUCAACAGAACCAACUCUUAUACUUGUUGAUACCGCAGGGUUUGAAAUGGAAGAGAAAAAAGAUGAGGAAGAUAGCACAAUGAAUGAGGGCGAAGCUACAAUUGCAAUAGGUCAUGCUCUGAGACUUGUUGAGAGUGGUGUUCAGGCAUGCGAUAUAGGGAUCAUCACUCCCUAUUCUGCACAGGUUACCUAUCUUAAGGUAUUGCGUGGUACGGAAGCUAAAUUGAAGGAUGUUGAAAUUUCUACAGUUGAUGGGUUCCAAGGCAGGGAAAAAGAAGCCAUCAUCAUUUCCAUGGUUCGUUCAAACGUUAAAAAAGAGGUGGGCUUUCUAACUGAUCAUCGUCGCAUGAAUGUAGCCAUCACACGUUCUAGAAGACAAUGUUGUCUUGUGUGUGAUACUGAAACUGUAUCUGAGGAUAGCUUCUUGAAACACUUAGUUGAGUAUUUUCAGGAGCAUGGAGAGUAUUUGAGUGCAUCAGAAUACGGACAUUAAGUAUGAAGGUAUCAUCUCAGGUUGAUUGGCAACUUUGAUGCUAUCAUUAUUAUUGGCUGCCGUUUGGUUAAACCCGCCGAAGCACUAAUGAAUCUUUGUUUCCAGCGAGGAAAUAGAAGGCAAAGUUGUAGAAAUCAGAAGCAUCGUGGAAUGAAGAUAAGCUACUUCGAGUCAUAUUUGAUGAUGAUUAAUGCUGCCCUUUCAAACUCAGACCAAACAACUUUCUUUUGAGUCUUGGUAUGGUUUUACAUGCUAUGUAUCUCUAUCAUCGCAUCCCUCUAAUGGCUCUAAAUUUUGCCUCAUUUAUUAAUUGAAAUGCAAAGCUUAUUUCUUUUAUGAUAUACUAAGUUUAAUCA